AUGUGUGAUAUUUCCACUCCAUCUCACCUGCUCAUCCGGGAGGACUUUGUCCUGACUUCAGCAUACUGCUUAAGGAAUGCUUAUCCUUUAACGGUGGUGCUUGGAGCCGACGACUUAAAGAAGUGGAAGAAGAGUUGUCAGAAGAUUCAGGUGUCCCAUUACCAUCGGCAUCCAUUACAUGAGAAUGCAACGCAGAUCAGUUAUGACGUCAUGCUACUGAAGUUAAGGACCACAGCUCGUCUAACCGAGUAUGUGAAGGUCAUUGGACUCCCAAAGGAGGAUGAACAUCUCCCAGAAUCCCCCAAAUGCUCCGUAGCUGGUUGGGGCAAGACUACCUGGAACAACAACCAGGGUUCUGGCGUUUUGAUGGAAGUGGCGGUGGAGGAUGACUCUGAAUGCAAGAAGGUGUGGCAGAAAUACUUUGAUAAAAAAAACAAAUUAUGCUAUAUUUGUUCUAUCAGAGUGGCUGGCUAG